UUCCGGCUCUGCUGCCAGUCUGGAAGGUGGUGCCAUCAUUCCCUUUCUUCCUUGCCUCUUAACCACCACCAUCCUCCUACUUCCACAGUCUUCCCCCUCGUCCUCAUUCCUCUCCCCAUUUCUUUUUGCCUUUCAGCUUGGAACAUAUCUUUGCUUUCUUUCCCGUUGUUCGGGCUUUCUACAUACCCUUCGCCGCGACUUUGAUCACCGUCAUUGAAAACCGGUUGUGUCAGAAGUUCACAAAUGGACCAACCACUACCACCAUCCGAGCAACUCACUGACAUGAAACUUUCCACCAAGCCUCCUGUUGUCCGUGGUGCGCGAGCCUGUACCACGUGCCGUGCUGCUAAGAUGAAAUGUGUCGGGUCGGAGGACGGACAGAAACAGUGCCAGCGCUGCAAACGUGCGGGCGUAGAGUGUGUCUUUGAAAAACACCGCCGAGGACGGAAACCUGGAUCGAAGCUUUCUGAAGCAUCAAAAAUGCUUCGGCGGCUGGAAAAGGGCCUUAGUACUGCCAAAUUGAAAUCCCAAACCAGCGAGACGUCUCCCUCGUUUGUUGACGGGCGAAUUUUGCCUCAAGAUCGUUAUGUUAGUCACGAUGACGCCUGCCCCACCACGGGAACGCAUUUCCCGUCCAACCAAUUACCACCUCUCACAUUUCCUCCAUAUGGUCACGCUCCGGAUUAUCCGUCAUCGAGCACUAGUUCUCGAACCGCGGAGAUGGACGAAGAUGAAGAUUCCGGUCGCACAGAUGAUAACAUCUUCCCUGCCAAACUUAUCAGACGUGAAAACCGUCGCCAUUCCUUCUUUCGGACAAUUCUCAAUCCCGAAGAAUCACCAGCGCCGGGACCUUCUUCGGCUCGCAGUACCUCUCCACUCUCUCAAUCUAAUGUACCCGAACGAGGGAGCAGUGACAUCCCUGAUCCUGUUUCGAUUGGUUUGAUGGACGAAGAUCAAGCUAAAGUGCUCUUUGAUCUCAUUUUCUUGCGUCUUAAUCCUUUCAUCAAUCUAUUUGACCCCUCCUUACACUCGGCUCCCUAUGUUCGCAAAAAAUCACCUUUCCUCUUUACGGUACUCUUGAUGGCCGGAUGCAAGUUCUUCAGGCCGGACUUGUUCAAGAAUUGUCAAAAAUUAGCCAACGACCUCGCUGUCAGAGCGUUCUUGGAAGCUUGGAAAAGCGUGGAAGUUGUGCAAGCUUUCGCUUGUCUCACUUACUGGAGGGAUCCGGAUGAUAACCGUACAUGGACUUACAUCGGCUAUGCUUGUCGCAUGGCAGUCGAACUCGAUCUGAAUCGCUACGUUGCACAUCCUCCCCCUCACGAAACCGACCUCCAAUUCAGAGAACGACGAAAUCGGGAGCGCACCUAUCUCAUCCUCUUUGUUCACGAUCGCAGUCUUAGCACAUCGACUGGCCGCAACUGGAUGCUACCCGAAGAUGAGUUUAUUCGGCAUGCUACCAAUUGGCACGAACACGGCGUGGAAGGCAUUCGUCCCGAGGAUGUCAUCGUGUGUGCAUUUGUUCAGUUACGCCACAUAGCUGCCGAAACAACAGAAACCUUCCGUAACUCCCUCGGUGGCCACAGCGACAUCAACCAUGAGGUGGUGUUACGCAACUGCAAUGGUCAACUGACAAUGUGGAUGGAAACUUGGGAACAACAUAUGCGACGAGCUGCGGGCGAGGCAUUCCACUUCUCUUUCCUGAGCUUGUUCCGACUUUACAUCCGCAUAUUCACGAACAGUUUUGGUGUCAAAGAUAUCUUCGCGACGAAUCGUAAUAACCUAAGUGCUUGCGUCCAGGCACUGUCCAUAUGCUACACGAGCGCGAUUGACGUCUUGAAGAUUCUCUCCAAAGAUUUCAAAAGUAUGAGUAUACUGCGCUAUGGACAGGAUACGGUGACGAUGAUGUCUGCGUAUGCGGCGGUCUUCCUGUUGAAUAAUCUUCGGAACCCCGUCACAGGGCCACAAUUACCGGGGGAUGCCGCGCACCAGAUCCAUUCCGUAAUCACUAAAACAGCCGACGCGUUCGAGGAGGCUUCUGCUAUGUCACCGGCAUGCAGUUCGGCAGCUUAUCACGCCCGGUUCCUCCGAAAUCUGAUCGCGAACGAUCUUUUCCGGUCCCGAAAACUGGAGAGGUAUCCGGUCGGUUCAUCGCUUGAUCCCCGGCUUCAAGGUGAGAAUCUGGCUUUAGUUGUAAGCGGCUGUCACACGGCUCAAAGUUUGCCAGGCGGUCCCACCUCUAUGCAGCAAUCGCCUAUUUAUUCUCACCCAUCUGAACCAUCUUUCCAUUUCCCCUCUUCCCACCCAUCUUCCCAUGUCAUCUCCCAUGACAGCGAUUAUGGAACUAUUCCAAACCGAUCGAACGGCUCUUUGCCCCCUCCCCAUUCAGCCGUCGCCGCUCAGGAGUACAGUCCAAUCAGUCCGCAAGCUCCACAGCAUGCUUCGAAACACGAUGAAGAGUAUUGGAAGAGCAUGUUGAUGGAGAUUGGCUUUGGGGGGCAUGCUGAUCCUUUGGGUGCUGCCGGGAUGAGCGAUGAAAUCCGCCCAUACCAUGAUGGGCGCCAUCACCACACUCUUCCUCCUCCCAUGAACACAGCUCCGUCGCAAGGUUAUGGACAUUAGCUUUAAAUCUCCAUCCUCUGCAUCUUGGCGGUAUUUAAUGGGAUGUGUAUUUUACUUUAAAUGUAUUCUGAUACGAAUUCGCUCCAAACAAGUAGGCGUU